ACUGAUUACGGGUAUGAUCGCAAGAUUCGCAACUGAUAAUAAGGUAUCAUCGUGGCUGACUGUGAGACGUUUUGUCGGAAGGCUCUGUUUGAUUACUACAUCUGCAAUAAAAUAAUUCAAAUUAUGAAGUUCAUUAUCCGCGAACUCGUAUCAGGUUGCUUAUUUCGGUCUGGCCACUGGUCUUUACCAUUGUUCACAUGACGGCUCCUUAUACUACCAACCAUGGAGGCCAAGCGAUGAACAUGAUGAUCGCUGAUCAGUCCGGCAGUGGCAUUCUGUCUGCGUUAAACAGCGACGUGCCAAAAGCCCAACAAUUAAUUCUUGGAAAAACCUACCGAAUGAAAGGUUAUGACGUCAGUGAACUGAAAGCGCCAUUCCGAAGGGAAGCGAGUGUUUCUGUGCAAUUUUAUAUAAAGGCCAACACAACACUGGAAGAAACUAAAGAGAACCCAGUCGAUAUCGAAACCGUAACGCCCCUGUCUGAAGCUCACCAACAAACAGGACAAAACAGUUACAUGGUACUUGUGGAGUCCGUUGGACCCUUGGACGAGAAGAAGAAAACACGCAAUGGUGAACGCUCCUUUCGCAGCAUCAAAGUGUGGGAUUGCUCUCAAACCUCCUCAUACCGAAUCGACUUGUGGGGUCACAUUGCAACCAUUUUUAUUGCCGAAUCCUACGAAAAGCAAGUGGUUUACUUCAAUAACUUGAACCACACUGACUACAACAAUGGCGGCCUCCAGUCUGCUUACAACAAGACCUUCUUUUACAUCUCCCACAGCAAACCCGCCAUGGUCGUGAAAAGUUAGGCACUAGACAUCGGCCUGAUCGAUUCUGAAGAAGCACAAGAAGAACAAGUUACCACUACACUAGCACCAGAUAACCAGAAACACCCAGCUGUCGAUCCACCAGGCACGAAACCGAAGAAGUCAAAGAAAUUAAAUUAGCGAUUGAAAUUAGCGAUUAAAGAAGCUGUUGAAAUUAGCGAUUAAAGCUGUUGAAACGAUACGAUACGAUACGAUACGGUAUAUUACGAUUAAAGUUGUUGAAAUUAGCAAACUGCGAAUAAGCAAAAUAACAA